AUGAAGUGCUUUGAGCGGCUAGUCAAAUCAUUCAUCUGCUCCUUGCUGCCUCCCACCCUGGACCCUAUGCAGUUUGCAUACCGGUCCAACAGGUCUACAGACGAUGUUAUAGCCCGCACUAUGCACACCGCCCUAUCCCACCUGGACAAAGGGAAUACAUAUGUGAGGAUGCUGUUCAUUGACUACAGUUCAGCAUUCAAUACCAUCAUCCCCAGACUCGUCUCGAAUCUCAUAGACCUGGGACUAAGCACCUCCCUAUGCAAAUGGAUCUCAGGAAAAUUGCACUACCUGUUGAACUCCUCCGUCUCUCCUCUCUUCUACGCGGAUCAGUUCCUCCAGUUCUCCUCCUCUCUUCCCUCCCCGUACGUCUUUGGCCUGGGAGAACACCGCUCCUCCUUCCUCCAGAGCGUCCAGUGGAACACCCUCAGUAUGUGGGCCAGAGAUGUCCCCCCAAUGGAGAACACUAAUCUUUAUGGUGUUCAUCCUUUCUACCUGUGUGUGGAGUCUGACGGAUCAGCUCACGGCUUCUUCUUGCUCAACAGCAAUGCUAUGGAUGUGGUUCUUCAGCCCGCCCCUGCUGUUACGUGGCGCACCAUUGGUGGGAUUCUGGACUUCUAUGUUUUCAUUGGCCCCGAUCCCAGCUCUGUGAUUGGACAGUACCUGGAGGUUGUAGGUAAACCUGCGAUGCCCGUGUACUGGGCGCUGGGCUUCCACCUGUGCAGAUGGGGCUAUAAGUCCAGCAACACCACCUGGGACGUGGCCAAAACCAUGAGAAACUAUGGGAUACCACAGGAUGUACAGUGGAAUGACAUUGACUACAUGGACGAGACCCGAGACUUCACCUUUGACCCCGUGAACUUUGCUACGCUGCCUGACCUUGUGAAGGACCUACACCGGCACGACCAGAAAUACGUCAUGAUACUGGACCCUGGCAUCAGCAGCACUCAGCCUUCAGGCUCCUAUUGGCCCUUUGAUGAGGGCAUGAAAAGGGGCGUGUUCAUUAAUGAUUCUGAUGGACACACCCUCAUCGGCCAGGUGUGGCCCGGUCUGACGGCCUUUCCGGACUUCUCCGACACGGUCACACAAGAGUGGUGGUUUGACAACCUGCAGAAGUUUCACACACUCGUACCAUUUGAUGGCCUGUGGAUUGACAUGAAUGAACCCUCUAACUUUGUGGAUGGCUCCCUGAAUGGUUGCCAGGAUACUGCAUUUGACUCUCCUCCAUACACACCUGGUAUUUUGGGGGGGUCCCUGCGCGGCAAGACCAUAUGUGCGUCUGCACGUCAGAGACUCUCUUCACACUACAACCUGCACAGUCUCUACGGCCUGAUGGAGGCAAAGGCUUCUUCAAGUGCCUUAACGAGGAUACUAGGGAAGAGGCCUUUCGUGAUUUCCAGGUCCACCUUCCCUAGUCAGGGCCAGUACUCUGGUCAUUGGCUGGGAGACAACAGGAGCCAAUGGAAGGAACUCUACACCUCUAUCGCAGGCAUGUUGACCUUUAACCUCCUGGGCAUUCCGCUGGUGGGGGCGGACAUCUGUGGCUUCUCGGGCCAGACCACAGAGGAGCUGUGUGUGCGCUGGACACAGCUGGGCGCCUUCUACCCCUUCACCAGGAACCACAACGACAAGGAUGCACCGGCUCAGGACCCCACGGUGUUCAGUCCAGCGGCGCGCACGGCCAUGAAGGAAGCUCUUCUCCUCCGUUACUCCCUCUUUCCUCUCCUCUACACACUCUUCCACCACGCUCACGCCAGCGGGCACACCGUCGCCAGGCCACUGCUGUUUGAGUUCCCCAGAGACCAGCGCACCUAUGCGCUCGAUAAACAGUUCCUGUGGGGGAAGAGUUUGCUGGUGACACCGGUGCUGGAGCCGAGUGUGGAGUAUGUGCUAGGCUACUUCCCCAAAGGCCUGUGGUACGACUUCUAUACGGGAGACUCUUUGGCCAGCAGUGGGGAGGAUAUUAAACUGGAUGCUCCACUGGACAAGAUCAACCUUCACCUGAGAGAGGGCAGCAUCAUACCCACCCAGAGGCCCAACAUCACUCUCUGGGUGAGCAGUGGGCAGCCGAUGCAUCUGAUUGGUGCUCUGUCUGAGGAUGGCGUUGCCGAGGGUGACCUGUUCUGGGACGAUGGGGAAACCAUAGCAACCUACGAGAACAACCAGCACGCCUACAUCCGCUUCCGAGUCCAGAAGGUACGAGACACACCAGCUUCCCACGAGGGUCCUUUAAACUAG